AUGCCAUGUGACACCGUGUUUGAGUGGCGACGCGGGUCGAGUCGCGCUUUCCCAAUUCCCCAAAUCAACAACUUGGACUGGGAAUCGACUGUCGACGUCGCCACCACCCCGAUCGCCAACAAGGAGAACAUCCCCGUGAAGCGAUACUCGACCCCUCAGUCUGUUGAUAAGCUGCACAAGCCCUUCAAGUGUCCCGGAUCAGCACUGAGAACCAUCUCAACCGACAGACCGGCCCGGAAGAAAAGAAGGGUGGAUUACAGGGGCGCCGAUGGAGAGAACGAGGCGGACAAGCCUUACACCAACGCCGAUCGACUUGCUCUUGCCAACCGCGAUGCGAACAAGUUCCCGGUAUUUCAGGCGAAAGACAAGUCAACGGUGUUCCGCAAGGCGUUUUCGGUACCGCUGAUCAACAAAAACACGGGAGCCUAUAACCCCAAUCGACCCCCUCCCACUCUUGGCCUUCGUACCGGUGCUACCUUCAUCGCGAAGCCAUUGCAUGAUCCCAGUGGCGAGUUCUCGAUUGUGCUCUACGAUCCGACCGUAGAUGACAAACCGAAGGAACCCGAGAAGAAGGAAGACAAGAAGGAUACUGAGGGCGAAACCAAGAUUGACGCGCCUCUCGUCCACAAGAGUCUGGCUGAGAUUCUGGGAAUCAAGAAGAAAGUUGAAGGAGAACACCCCCGAGUCCCCGUUGUAAUCGACCCGAGACUGGCCAAGGUUCUCAGACCACAUCAAGUCGAGGGUGUCAAGUUCAUGUACAGAUGCGUUACUGGCAUGAUCGAGGAGAAGGCCAAUGGCUGCAUCAUGGCCGACGAGAUGGGUCUUGGCAAGACGCUCCAAUGCAUCACCCUGCUUUGGACCCUGCUAAAGCAGUCACCGGAAGCUGGAAAGAGCACCAUUCAAAAGGCCAUCGUCGCCUGUCCUUCCAGUUUAGUCCGCAACUGGGCCAACGAGUUGGUCAAAUGGCUAGGCGCCGAUGCCAUCACGCCCUUUGCGAUCGACGGAAAGGCAUCAAAGGAGGAGUUGACGCGCCAGCUGAGACAAUGGGCUAUUGCUAGUGGCAGAUCAGUCACUCGUCCAGUCAUCAUCGUGUCUUACGAAACACUCCGUCUCAAUGUUGAAGAGCUGAAGCACACCAAGAUUGGUUUGAUGCUUUGCGACGAAGGCCAUCGUCUCAAGAACGGAGACAGCCAAACAUUCAGUGCGCUCAACAACCUCAAUGUCACACGGCGAGUCAUCCUGUCCGGAACGCCCAUCCAGAAUGAUUUGUCCGAGUACUUCUCCUUGAUCAGCUUCGCCAACCCGGAUCUGCUCGGCACCCGCCUGGAGUUCCGUAAGCGAUUCGAGCUUCCUAUUCUACGUGGACGCGACGCCGAUGCCUCCGAGGCCGACAGGAAGAGGGGCGACGAGUGCUUGUCCGAACUGUUGGGCAUUGUCAAUAAGUUCAUCAUUCGCCGCACCAACGACAUCUUGUCCAAGUAUCUGCCCGUCAAGUAUGAGCAUGUCGUCUUCUGCAACCUGGCACCAUUCCAGCUCGAUCUAUACAACUACUUCAUCACCAGUCCGGAAAUUCAGGCUCUUCUUCGUGGCAAGGGCAGUCAACCCCUCAAGGCCAUCAACAUCCUCAAGAAGCUCUGCAACCACCCGGAUUUACUCAACAUUGCAGAUGACUUGCCCGGUUCAGAAAAUUGCUACCCUGAAGACUACGUUCCCAAGGAAUCGCGUGGCCGAGAUCGGGAUAUCAAGCCUUGGUAUUCGGGCAAGAUGCAAGUCCUAGACCGCAUGCUCGCACGCAUCCGUCAAGACACGAACGACAAGAUUGUGCUCAUCAGCAACUACACACAGACCCUUGACUUGUUUGAGAAGCUGUGUCGUUCCCGAGCGUACGGCUGCCUGCGUCUCGACGGCACCAUGAACGUCAACAAGCGCCAGAAGCUGGUCGAUAAGUUCAACAACCCUGACGGAGAGGAGUUCGUCUUCCUCCUCAGUUCCAAGGCUGGUGGUUGCGGCCUCAACCUCAUCGGCGCCAACCGUUUGGUCCUGUUCGAUCCCGACUGGAACCCUGCCGCUGAUCAACAGGCUCUCGCUCGUGUCUGGCGUGAUGGCCAGAAGAAGGACUGUUUCGUCUACCGCUUCAUCGCCACCGGAACGAUCGAGGAGAAGAUCUUUCAGCGCCAGUCCCACAAGCAGUCGCUUUCCAGUUGCGUCGUCGACUCCGCCGAGGACGUCGAGCGCCAUUUCUCUCUCGACAGCUUGCGCGAGCUGUUCCAGUACCGCCCCGGUACAAACUCGGACACGCACGACACGUUCAAGUGUAAGCGGUGCAAGCCCGAUGGAAGGCAGUAUAUCAAAUCGCCCGCCAUGCUGUACGGCGACACGAGCACGUGGAACCAUUUCGUCAAUGAGGGGUUGAAGCCGAUCCAGGACCUGCUGCUAAGGCAGGAGUGCGGGGAGCCGGAGGUGUCGGCGGUGUUCCAGUACAUUUCGCACUAG